CCACCUCGCAAUACCACACGACACAUCCUCAUUGUCGCAUUCAUAGCAUCCCGAGACAGGAGCUGUUCGGCUGCUCACACCAACAAAGCUAGCUCUCUGGUGUAGCUCCCGAGCUGCGAUACCCGCUGUGGCUCACUCGCGAUGGCCCCACCGGGCGUGAUCGCCCACCCUCACUCCUCAAACGGUCUCGCAGUUGCUUCAUCCUCCUCAUCUGCAACGACGAACACCGUGGGCGUCUCUGCUGAAGCUCUCACACGCAUCUUCAGCAACCUCAAGUCAAAAGAUGAAUUGACGAGGAUCUCUGCGGGCAGGGAGCUUGGCCACUAUGUCACCCUUGCAGCGCCAGGCCUGCAAGGCGAUUCCCUCAAUGUCUUCAACAACGACCUCAAUCGUCGUAUCUUCGAGCUAACUCACAGCCCAAAUGCUCACGAGAAGCUUGGCGGUAUCAUUGCCAUUGAGUCUCUCAUUGACUUGGAGAGCGAAGACAAUUCUGCAAGAUUGUACCGCUUCUACCAGUACCUCAAACCCAACCUUCCUUGCAAUGAUCCUCAAGUGAUGAUAGCAGCAUCGAAGGCCUUGGGAAGAGUGUCAAAGAUCGGAGGUCACUCCCUCGGAGAUCAAUUCAUCGAAUUCGAAGUGCUACGAGCCUUGGACUUCUUACAAGCCGGCGAUCGGAAUGAGUCCGGAAGGUACGCAGCUGUGCUCAUCAUCCGCGAGAUGGCUCGCAACGUUCCCCACCUCUUCCACGUAUAUGUCCCGCGAGUGCUAGAGCGCAUCUGGGUAGCGCUGAGGGACACACGCUUGAUGGUCAGAGAGGGAGGCGCUGAAGCACUAGGGGCUUGUCUGCAGAUCAUUGCUGCCAGGGAAAAGCAGAUGGGCACUCAGCUUUGCGAAUUGAUCGAUGAAGAGGCAGAGAAGGGGCUUAAACAACCUGCCGUUGAGACUGCUCAUGGGAGUAUGAUGGCGGUGCAAGAGCUAUUGCAGCACUCCAGGAGUUUCAUGAAGUCCCGCUUCCAUAGAGUUUGCGAGCUCAUAUUGCGUCUCCAUAGGACCAAAGACCCUCUGAUUAAGCGAACAGUGACAAGUAUGAUACCAGUCUUAGCCAACUACGAUCCCCAAUUUUUCGGCGACACACACCUUUACGAGGUCAUGAAUAUGCUGACUGAUCAGCUGAGGAAAGACAGGGACAAGGCGACCAAAGAAUCGACCACUCAGAUCUUCGAGACCAUUGGACUGGUCUCAGCGGCCAUGGGGACCAGGAUGAAGCAAUAUAUUGACUCUGUUCUGGCUUGCGUCAAGGAUGCGCUACAGAGCCGAAACAACAACAAGCAAAGGAAUGCUACUACCGUACCGGAGGCUCCGGUCUUCUUCUGCAUUGGGCAUUUGGCGGCAGCUGUUGGUCCCCACCUGACAAAGUACAUGCACGAAUUGCUUGAUCUGAUGUUCGCAUGCGGGCUGAGCGAAGCUCUAGUGAUGGCACUGGAAAGGCUCGUGAGAGCAAUUCCUCCUUUGCUGCGAAUCGUGCAAGAUCGUCUGCUGGACAUGCUCUCGAUGACCCUGAUUGGUCAGCCCUACCGAGCGCUCGGGGCACCCAAUCCUUUCAUACGUCACAAUGCCGAGAUCACUGUCCCGACAUCAAACAUGGCAACCAUCACCGUAGCGCUGGAGACGCUUGGAGCAUUCGAUUUCAGUGGACACAUCCUCAAUGAGUUUGCAAGAAAUUGCACCCUCCCUUAUCUCGAGGAUGAUAACUCGGAAAUCCGGAAGGCUGCUGCUGUAACAUGUGCACGGCUCUUCAGUCAUGAUCCAAUCUGCUACCAAACCAGCAUGCACGCAAUCGAAGUUGUCAACGAUGUCCUUGACAAGCUCAUGACCGUUGGAAUCGCAGAUCCCAAUGCAGAGCUACGCAAGACCGUCUUGUCCGCCUUGGACGAGCGAUUUGAUCGACAUCUCGCCCAGUCCGAGUAUGUACGGUCUCUGUUCGUGGCACUGAAUGACGAAAAUUUCGCUGUGCGAGAGAUCGCCAUUAUCAUCAUCGGAAGACUGGCCAAGCACAAUCCUGCCUACGUCAUGCCCUCGCUACGGAAGGCCCUCAUUCAGCUACUGACGGAGCUCGAGUACUCUACUGUAAGCCGCAACAAGGAAGAUGCUGCUAAGCUUCUUACCGAGGUCUUCAGGGCUUCCUCACGUCUGGUCAAGUCCUAUGCAUUGCCGAUGCUGGAGAUCCUGCUUCCUCGAGCCAAUGACCCAAGUCCAGGGGUAGCAGCACGUGUCAUGGAGUGCCUUGGGGAGCUUGCCAAGGUCGGCGGAGAAGACUUGCUUCCUCACGUAGAGCAGCUCGUGAAGCUAGCCAUAGAGCAGCUUGCUGGCCAUUCGGCUGCUCAGGCCUCCACAAUGAAGAGAGACGCCGCGCUCAGAACGUUGGGUUUAGUAGCGUCAAAUACUGGUCAUGUCGUGGAGCCAUACCUGAAGUAUCGCAACUUGCUCGCCACCAUAGUCAAAAUUCUCAGAACAGAGAAUUCUCCGGCUGUGCGGCGCGAGUCCAUCCGAGUCAUGGGCAUUCUGGGUGCGCUUGAUCCCUAUCGCUACAAAGUACUCGAAAAGCAUGUAGAUGACGGUAUUGUGACGACUACGCAAGGCGGCGGAGCGAUUGGAGCCGGGGAAGUUACCAACAAGGACUCGCUGCCCACGGAUCUACUGGAAAUGGCCAUGACGAUGGGCACCUCGUCCGACGAGUUCUACCAGUCGGUCACCAUCGAGGCACUCCUUGCCAUUCUCAAAGACCUGACAUUACCCGUGCAUCAUCAUGCCGUCAUUGAGGCAAUCAUGUACAUGUUCAAGACCCAGGGGAUGAAGUGUGUGCCCUUCCUGCCGCAGAUAAUUCCUGCGUUCCUUGAUGUCAUCAAGAAUUGCACCACAAGCUUGGCCGAAUUCUACUGGCAACAGCUGGGCAUCCUGAUCAGUAUCAUCAAACAACACGCCCGCAACUACCUGAAUGAGAUCUUCGGUCUCGUGCGCGAGCAUUGGUCUUCUGCAUCAAAUACACACAUCAUACAGCUCACCAUCGUUUCCGUGGUAGAGGCGGUCGCAAAGGCUCUCGAGGGCGAAUUCAAGAGCUACCUCCCAAUAUUGCUGCCGAACAUGCUCCAGACGUUCCAGGGCGAGCUCAAUCAGAAACGCCAACAGCCUACGCUGAUGAGGAUACUACACGCCUUUACUGUGUUCGGAUCCAGCAUCGAGGAGUAUCUUCAUCUGAUAUUGCCACCUGUAGUCGAACUCUUCGAGCGACCCGAUGCUUCUCUUCAGCUCCGUAAGACUGCCAUCACCACUGUGGCACAGCUCACUCGCAAAGUGAACUUCUGUGAUCACGCCUCGAGAGUCAUUCAGCCCCUCGUCCGUAUCCUCAAGGGCAACAACAGCGAGCUGAGAGUUGCAGCGCUGGACACUCUCGCAGCACUAAUCUACCAACUCGGUCCCUCGUACGCCAUCUUUGUACCUGUUGUCAACAAGGUCGUUGCUCAGAAUCGUAUCCCUCACGCGAAGUAUGACACUCUUGUCAGAAAGCUUCUGGAUGGGGAGAAGUUCCCGCCGGAGCUCGGACCAACAGACGGAGCUCUGGAAGACAAGACGGACGAUGCUCCAUUGGCCGAGGCCACCAAGAUGAGUGUGAAUCAAUUGCAUCUCAGGCAAGCGUGGGACACGUCCAAGAUUUCGACCGCAGAUGACUGGCGGGAGUGGUUGCGGCGAAUGGCCGUCGAGUUCAUGCGGGAGUCGCCCUCACACGCCCUACGAGCUUGUCGCAGCUUGGCCGAUGUCUAUCACCCCCUCGCUUACAACUUGAUGAACACAGCGUUCGUCUCGUGUUGGCCAGAGCUUUUCUCCCACUAUCAAGACGAUCUGGUUCGCGCGAUCGAGACGGCAUUUGACGCUCCGGAGGUGCCAGAUGAAGUGGUCAUGCGACUACUCAACCUCGCUGAAUUCAUGGAGCACGACGACAAAGCCCUGCCGGUUGACAUUCGCCUUCUCGGUCAAAAAGCCUUCAAAUUCCACUCGUACGCAAAGUCCCUACACUACUACGAGUCAAUGUUCCUUUCAGGUCCUUCGGCUGACAUUGUCGAGAAUCUGAUCGACAUCAACAGUCGACUUGGCAAUCAAGACGCUGCUUUUGGCACCUUGACGUAUGCCAGGGAACAGUUGGACAUUGUACACCAUGAAGAAUGGUUUGAAAAGCUCGGUCGAUGGGAGGACGCGUUGGUCGCCUACGAUCGCAAGGCAGCGGCGACGGGCUCUGAACCACUCGAAUCGACUUUCGGCAGGAUGCGUUGUCUUCACGCCCUUGCUGAGUGGGAAAAUCUUUCCACAUUGGUCCAGGAUAAGUGGGUCACAGCAUCGGGUUCGGAGAGGACGCAGAUGGCUCCAUUGGCCUGUGCAGCAGCAUGGGCACUCGGCCAGUGGGAUGCCAUGGAGGAGUUCAUCGCCUCGAUGAGGUCUGACUCAUCGGAACGAUCCUUCUAUCGUGCCAUCUUGCACGUGCAUCGAUCACAGCGUCAGCAGGCUAACAAGCAUAUCACUCGUGCGCGAGAUUCGCUCGACCAAGAACUGACGGCUCUCAUCAACGAGAGCUAUACACGAGCAUAUGGGCUCCUGGUGAGGACGCAAAUGCUGUCUGAGCUAGAAGAGGCUCUCAUCUACAAGCUCGAUUACCGUGAGCAGCCCGACAGACAGGCUACGAUGCGGUCAACCUGGAUGAAGAGGCUGAAAGGCUGUCAACCAGAUGUCGAGGUAUGGCAGAGGAUCCUGUCCGUCCGCUCUAUUGUGUUGACACCGGCCGAUGACACCGAGACUUGGAUCAAAUUUGCCAAUCUUUGCAGAAAGUCAGGUCGGAUGGUUCUCGCAGAGAAGACCCUGAAUUCUCUAUUGGGUCCGGAUUCAACUGCCAACGGCGGGCAGAUGGAUACACACUCCCCAUCGAAUGCAGCUGGCGGACCAAAAGCGCCGCCACAAGUCAUCUACGCUCACUUGAAGUUCAUGUGGGCUAGCGGUGCCAAGCUGGAAAGUCUGAACUAUCUGCGCGACUUCACUGUGAAUCUAGCGGAGGACCUUGGUCUUCAUGGCAUUGACGAGCGUGGAAAUUUGGUUCAGCCAGAUUGGCAAGCUUCGCCCAAGCUCGCCGAGUAUGCCCGUCUGCUUGCGAGGUGCUACUUCAAGCAGGGAGAGUGGCAAGCUGCACUGAACGAAGACUGGGUCACCGACGAUUCUCUGAACGUUAUCAACUCGUACCAUCGCGCUACUGAAUUGGACCGCAGCUGGUACAAAGCAUGGCAUGCCUGGGCGCUGGCCAAUUUCGAUGUGAUCUCGCAUCACGAGCGAUUGGGCAAUGACAUUACCCCUCAGAUGAUCGCCGCCAGCAUCGUGCCCUCGGUACAAGGAUUCUUCAGGUCCAUUGCCCUCGCCAGUGGCAAUUCACUACAAGACACACUGCGUCUCUUGACUCUCUGGUUCAAAUUUGGCUACCAAGAGAACGUAGCCGAGGCGGUGUCUGAAGGCUUUAACAGUGUCAUUGUGGAUACGUGGCUCGAGGUGGUUCCACAAAUUAUCGCUCGUAUCAACAUGCCAUCGGCGCGAGUCCGUCGAUUGAUUCACCACCUGCUCUCCAACGUCGGAACUGCUCAUCCUCAGGCUCUUGUGUAUCCAUUGACCGUCGCUGCCAAGUCGCCGAGUCUGCAGCGAAUCCAGGCUGCCAUGGCGAUCAUGAACAAUGUCAGAGAGCACAGUCCUCGCCUUGUUGAGCAAGCGCUGUUGGUCAGCAACGAGCUCAUUCGAGUCGCGAUUCUAUGGCAUGAGCUAUGGCACGAGGGUCUGGAAGAGGCGUCUCGACUCUACUUCACCGAACACAACAUCGAUGGCAUGUUCGCCACUCUGGAGCCGCUCCACGAAGCCCUUGAAAAGGGCCCCGAGACACUGCGAGAGACGUCCUUUGUUCAGACACAUGGCCGAGACUUGGCAGAGGCUCGGGAGUAUGGUCGCCGCUACCGUCAGCACGGAGAGAUCGGCGACCUGAAUCAGGCUUGGGAUCUCUACUACCAUGUCUUCAAGCGCAUCGCGAAGCAGCUGCCCGCAACUAAUUCGGUCCAGCUGGACCUGCAGUAUGUCUCGCCUAAGCUGUUGGCACUGCGCAACCUCGAAUUGGCAGUGCCAGGUACCUACCACAGUGGCCAGCCGAUUGUGCGCAUCAGCACAUUUGAGCAGACCGUCUUGACCAUCUCGUCGAAGCAGCGGCCACGUCGACUGAAGAUGAAGGGAAGCGAUGGCAGGACUUACCAGUAUCUACUGAAGGGCCACGAGGAUCUUCGACAGGAUGAACGUGUCAUGCAAUUGUUCGGGCUUGUCAACACGCUCUUGUCAAUCGACUCUGAAUGCUACAAGAGGCGUCUGGACAUCCGACGAUAUCCAGUCAUCCCGCUCUCGCCCAACACGGGAAUGCUGGGUUGGGUAGAGAAUACGGAUACACUGCACGUCUUGAUCAAGGAGUACCGAGAGCAGCACAAGAUCCUGCUCAACAUUGAACAUCGUCUGAUGCUACAGAUGGCGCCAGACUACGAUCACAUCCCUCUGCUGCACAAGGUGGAAGUAUUCGAAUAUGCUUUGGACAACACACCCGGCCAGGAUCUGUACAGGGUCCUCUGGUUGAAGUCUCACAGUUCCGAGGCAUGGCUCGAGAGGAGGACGAACUACACGCGCUCACUGGCAACGUCAUCGGUGGCGGGCUACAUCCUCGGUCUGGGCGAUCGUCACCCGAGCAAUCUGCUCUUGGACCGCCUGAGUGGCCAAAUUAUCCAUAUCGACUUUGGUGACUGCUUCGAGGUAGCACGUCAGCGACCCAAGUUCCCAGAGAGGGUGCCCUUCCGCCUGACCAGGAUGCUGGUGAAUGCAAUGGAAGUGGGAGGUGUGAAGGGUGCCUUCAAGGUGACGUCGGAGAAUGUCAUGCGGGUGCUACGGGACAACAAGGAAAGUGUACUCGCCCUCCUCGAGGCAUUUGUACACGAUCCUCUGAUCAGCUGGCGUCUCGUGGCGGACGAGGCGAAUGAGCAACAGCGUGCUCCUGACGCUAGCGAGCACGAAGGUGUUGGGGUGGGUGGAGCGGGACCGCGACAGAUGGGCGAUGUGAGGAAUCAGAGGGCGCUGGAGGUGGUGAGGCGUAUUCAAAACAAGCUCAACGGCAGGGACUACGGACCCCAGCCGUUGAGCGUUUCGGAGCAGAUGAGUAGGUUGAUCGAGGAGGCUACCAACAAUGAGAAUCUCGCAGGAGCAUUCAUUGGAUUCUGUAGCUUCUGGUAAGAAAAGGGGGCAGAGGGAGAGAAUCAUUGGAAGCAAAUCUUGUCAUCAUACCAAUAUUGUUCCGGCUCCCUGUAGUGUACACAAUGCAUUGGUCUUUCGAUACAAC